UAAAAUACUCUAGCCAGGUCUGAGCAGCGAACGGAUCCGUGACCGAAUGAGGAACAUAGACUCCCUAACUAAUCUCCGUUACUCCCAGCAUCCCUCCUUCAGUGAACUCGUGAUUUUAAUAAUAUCAGCAAAGGCUUAAGUACUACUACACUUAAAAUGUGGACAGAACGCGCCGUGCCAGCAAUGGAUAAUGAGGACGCCCUCUCAUACAGGCUAUAUGCACACACCUGACUCUGCAAACUUAGCCUCUAGCGCUGGUGCGGACUGUGUUGCGCGCACGCGCACACGCGCAUCAAAAACAGUGACUUCUGCCUGGGAGCCUUGUCAGACCGGACGGGACAGUUUUGUGGCCGAUUCCCUGUCUUAUUCUCGCUAAGUGUCUCGAAACGGAUUUUACUCGAAUGGGACAGGUGCGUUUCCUUUGGCAACGGGACAUCUUAAUGCUGAAGUGCACUCUUCUCGGACGUUCCAGAAUUACUGGAGAGCCAAUGUUAGCAGGAAUGUGUUUUAAUAUUUUGCGAAAAGUGAAAAUCGCUUUACAUAAGUGAGGUAGGGACUCUCGUCAGAAAUAUGCCUCUGCUUGUAGCUGCCCCCCUCGGCCCUCCGUGAACACUUCAGCUGUCAAUCAGGAGGGCACGCCCUCUUGGCCCUCCCGCUGCGCUACUGACUCUGCCCCCCGGGCACCCGCCCUCAUGCCGCCAUGCCCAUCAUCAGCAACGCCAAUCACGAUUUCAGCCACCUGUCGCUCAGCGACGACAGCAGCCUCGACCGCAUCUUCACCGAGAUCCCGGAGACCGAGACCAUCAAGGGGGUCUACUACCAGCGCGCCCAGCUGAUCCGCCGGCCGCAGGACCUGCUCUCGGUCGACCACGCGGCGCUGGCGGUCAUCAACGUGGGGGGCAACCGCUACACGUUCCCCUGGACCACGCUGGAGCAGUUCCCCCUGACGCGGCUCGGGCGCCUGCGCCUCUGCAGCAGCUACGAGGAGAUCGUGCAGGUGUGCGACGACUACGACGAGGCCGCCCGCGAGUUCUUCUUCGACCGCAGCCCCUCCGCCUUCCGCGUCAUCCUCAACUUCCUGGCGGCGGGGAAGCUCCGCCUCCUGCGGGAGAUGUGCGCCCUGUCGCUCAGCGACGAGCUGGCGUACUGGGGCGUGGAGAUGGCCUACAUGGAGCGCUGCUGCAAGCGGAAGAUGUACACGCGCAUGGAGGAGGCGGCCGAGCGCGAGCGGCGGGAGGAGGAGAGGAGGCGGUGCAACGCUCAGCCUCGCCCCCCGGUGGAGGAGACGCGCUACCGCAGGAUGAUGGGCUGGCUGAGGGACACGGUGGAGAACCCGCACUCGGGGAUACCGGGCAAGGUGUUCGCCUGCCUCUCCGUCAUCAUGGUGGUCAUCACCGUGGUCAGCCUCUGCAUCAGCACCAUGCCUGACCUCAGGGAGGAGGAGGACAGGGGCGAGUGCUCCCAGAAGUGCUACCACAUGUUCAUCGUGGAGACGGUGUGCGUGGCCUGGUUCUCCCUGGAGUUCCUGCUGCGGUUCCUGCAGGCGCGCAGCAAGCUGGCCUUCGCCCGCGGGCCCCUCAACAUCAUCGACGCCCUGGCCAUCCUGCCCUACUACGUGUCGCUGCUGGUGGAGGACGAGGACGAGGGCUCGGGCCCGCCGCACGAGAGGCCCGGCGGGGGGAAGGGCUACCUGGACAAGCUGGGGCUGGUGCUGCGCAUCAUGCGGGCGCUGCGCAUCCUGUACGUGAUGCGGCUGGCGCGCCACUCGCUGGGCCUGCAGACGCUGGGCCUGACGGUGCGCCGGAGCACGCGGGAGUUCGGCCUGCUCCUGCUCUUCCUCUGCGUGGCCGUCACGCUCUUCUCCCCGCUGGUGCACCUGGCGGAGAGCGAGCUGACGCCCGGGGCGCACGACUUCAGCAGCAUCCCCGCCUGCUACUGGUGGGCCAUCAUCUCCAUGACGACGGUGGGCUACGGGGACAUGGUGCCGCGCAGUCUUCCGGGCCAGGUGGUGGCGCUGAGCAGCAUCCUGAGCGGCAUCCUCAUCAUGGCCUUCCCCGCCACCUCGAUCUUCCACAUGUUCUCCCGCUCCUACCAGGAGCUCAAGCAGGAGCACGACAGGGUGUUCAAAGAGGAGGAGAGGGCUGCGGCGGAGGCGGCCGCCAUCGCCGCCGGCGACGAUGACCUACAGGAGGGGGAGGACCGCUUCCCACCCUCCAGCCACUUCUACUUGAACCCAAACCUCACUCAAGAGUCCUUCACUCUGCUGGAGCCCUCCGAGGAGAAUCUGCACACCCUGCCGGCUGGGGCGUUCUGAGCCUCCUGAGCUACCCCUGACAUCUGCCCUUUGACAUUUUGGGGACAUUGGUUCUGCCUUGGGCUGGGGGCGGGCUUUUUUCAGUCUGACGGACAAAUCUGUUGUCAACUCAGACUUUGGCCUUCGCUGUCGAUGGAAAAGCUGGAAUUGGUGGGUACCUUCUAUGAAACAUGGGUUCUCUGAGCUCUGAAGAACCACACUUCUGCUUUGCGCCUCUAUCUUGUAUCCUCCUGUGAGGACACAGCAGAACGGUCUCUGCUUCUCCUUGUGCUUUUCCCUUUCUUUCACUGUCUUCCAGAACCAUUUGCCUCUCCAAACACCAAAGGGCACUAGACAAACUAUGGCUAUAGAGCUUCUUUUUUUAUUUUUAAAAAGAGACAAACUUCAUCAGGGACCGAAAUAAAAAACAAAUAAUCCCACUGACCCUCUGCAUUGCGUGUAAUCUUUUUUUCUGAGAAGCGUAAUCUGGUUUUUGGAUUAAUGCUGAUCCAGAGGACGGUUCCCUCCAUCAGAACUGAGACAGGGGUUGGCCAGGAGGGCCGCCACCAUCUGCUCACUGGCUGGCUUUCGGGGGCACCCGGCAAGGGGGGUGGGGCUGUUUGUAUGUGGAUUUGUUUAUGUCCAAACAAAAAACUCCCAGGGUUUACGUGAGGUCUCUCACAUCCUUUUACGAACCGCGGAGGUUCAAAGGUCACAUGGGGGGGACCAAGGCCAUCCGGUGCAAUGCCAGAUGCAGGGCUUAAUCUUGACGAGGAAGGGAGUUAGCACAGCGAGGACAUCUUGUUUCCUCUCUUUCCAUAUGGGUAACUAGACAUCAGCACAGAAGCUCUGGGUUGCAGCUGGCGUGGGGGGGGGGGGGAUGCGCUGACGCUCUGCAGUUAUUCAUGGCACGUCCCAACGAAAAUGUCUUUUUUACCUCUCUCUCUCUCUCUCUCCCCCUCUCUCUGAUAAAAGGAUUGCUGAUUUGAAGUUUGACCACGUUGUCAGGUCACUGCAGGAGUCUGUAAACAGCAAACAGCUGACAUGAGCAAAAGGCACUUAUAAUAUGCUCUGAUAGCCCAUUUAUCUAGUACUGUUAGGCCCAGUAUAAUGGGAUAACAUAAUAUUCACUCCUUUGCCUCAUGAAAGACAGUAUAUUCACAGUAUUGUACAAUCGAUGAUUCCUUAAUUAAAUAAUUAACGAUCACAACUUGA